AUGAGUCCCGGGUCCCGGAGCUGGUCGUGGGUCUGGUCGUGUCUGCUGAGCCUGAGUGUUUUGACCCGGGCUCUGGAGCUGGAGGAGCUGUUUGAGUUCGGAGAAGAAGCCGGAGACCUGUCGCUGCCGCCCGGCUCGGACUCCACCGCCGGGCUGCCCCUCAACGGAUCUCUCUUCUUCUUCGGCGACACCGUCGACAAAGUUUACAUUAACACCAAUGGAUUUGUGGCUGUGGUCGAGCCUCCGGCUGAGAAGGAGUACCUGGGGAAGAUGCCCGCCAAUUUCAAAAUGAUGGCCGCCCUCCUGGGAAACCUGGACAACAGUGACGGACGGGGAAAGGUCUUCUUCAGGCAGGACAGCAGCCCGGACGUGUUGAGGCGAGCCGGUAAGCACGUCAGGCAAGCUUUCCCCAGAGACGAAGGAGUGGAGCCCAACAGCGCCUUCAUUGUCACCUGGAUGAACAUGGCCGCCCAGGGGACGUCGGGACGAGGGGACGGAGUGGACGCCAAGAGAAACACCUUCCAGCUGGUUGUGGUUUCCUUGGCGUCGUCCUCCUGCGCCAUCCUCUUGUACCCCAGAGAUGGUCUUCAGUUCCUCUCCACGUCAGUCGAUGGUGAGAGUAAGCUGCUAGAGGCCGGCUUCAGUGAAGGCUUGGUGUCGGGCUGGUUCUGGAAAACCACACAGGGGACGUACUUUAAAACCACCACCGAUGAAGAGACCUCCAUCCGGGAUCUUGCUGAGAAGACGAACUCUGGACGAAAAGGAGUUUGGGUGUACGAGAUCGGUGCCUCGCCAAUCUUUGUCGCCAUCACACCCGGAAUGCUGCCUAACCUUCCUGAGGAGGAGAAAGGUACCACCGAACCUCCUGUGACCACAGAACCACCUGUGACCAUGUUACCAAGGCAACCUGAUGAGGAGCAGGAGGUGGACUUCUCAAUCUAUGAAACCCAGACGUUGACGACAACUGAAGCGGUGCCAGAAGAAAAGGAGGAGUUUCCAACUGAGACUCCCAACGAGUACAAACCGGGUUACCCAGAGGCUGAGACCAUCUCACCUGGGUAUACCAAACCGGAUGAUGAAGAACCGGACCAGUUUGAGCCAGAAUACCCUGAAUCUGAGACUGUCAGACCAACAUACACCAGCCCUGAAACGGUUCCACCAAGGUACCCGGACCAGCCUGAGCCGAGAUACCCUGACCAAACCGAGACCAGAUACACCAUCCCUGAACCCAUUGAACCUAGAUACUCUCCUGUCCAGCCAAGGUACCCUGACCCUGAUCCAGUCCAACCACGAUACACCAACCCUGAACCAGUCCAGCCAAGGUACCCUGACCCUGAACCAGUCCAACCGGUGCCCCCCCAUUCGCAGCCCCAGCACCCCCAGAUCGUUGUGGUGGAUGAAGAUGAAGAUCUGGAUGUGAAUGUGUUUGCGUACAAUUUGGAGACGUGUGCCCACAACAGGCACAAAUGCUCUGCUUUUGCCGACUGCCGGGAUUACAGCGGUGGGUACUGCUGCCACUGUAGACCUGGUUUCUACGGUAACGGGAAGGACUGUGUCGCAGAAGGCAAACCACAGAGGAUGAAUGGAAAGGUGAACGGUCGAGUGUUCGUAGGGAACUCGCCUUCGCCCAUAGAACUCAUUAACAACGACUUGCACUCAUAUGUGGUGGCCAAUGACGGACGGGCCUACGUGGCCAUCAGCAGCAUCCCCGAAGGCGUUGGCCCCUCCCUGCAACCGCUGUCCUCCCUGGGAGGAGUCAUCGGCUGGGCCUUUGCCCUGGAGCAGCCGGGCUACCAGAACGGCUUCAGUCUGAUUGGUGGCGUGUUUUCCCGGCAGGCUGAGGUGAUCUUCCAGCCUGGAAACGAGCGUCUGAGCAUCAAGCAGCAGUUUAAAGGAAUCGACGAACACGACCACCUGGUUGUGAGCACGGAGCUGGAGGGACAUGUGCCCGCCAUCCUGCCGGGAUCCUCCGUCCAGAUCAACCCGUACAAAGAGAUCUACCAGUACGACAGAAACUUGAUCACUUCCUCCUCCAACCGCGACUACACCAUCACCUCCCCUGACGGCACUGUCGAGACCAGAAGCUACCAGUGGCGUCAGACCGUCACCUUCCAGAGCUGCCCACACGACGAGGCCACCAGGGCGGCGCCGUCCACCCAGCAGCUCAGCGUGGACCAGAUCUUCGUGAUGUUCGACACCAGCAACCUCCUGAUCCGCUACGCCAUGAGCAACAAGAUCGGCUCCGUCCACAGCAGUCUCCCAGAGCAGAACCCGUGUUUCACCGGCCGACACGGCUGCGACAUCAACGCCGUGUGCCGAGCGGGUGAAGGCCUCCAGUUCACCUGCCAAUGUGCGACUGGUUUCUCUGGAGACGGACGCUAUUGCCACGAUAUUGACGAGUGCAGGGAAACGUCUCUGGUCUGUGGACUCAACGCUGAGUGCACGAAUCUGCCGGGAACUUUCCGCUGCGAGUGUUUGACCGGCUUCGUGUUCGGCAGCGAUGGAAAGACCUGCAUUGUGGAGAACCGUCCUGUGGAUCACUGUCAGAGAGGAAGCCAUGACUGUGACGUCGCAGAGAGAGCGCUGUGCAGCUACACCGGAGGCUCCGCCUACCUCUGCUCCUGCCUGCCGGGCUUCGUGGGUGACGGCCGGGUGUGUCAGGACGUAGACGAAUGUCAGCAGGAUCGAUGCCACCGCGACGCCUUCUGCUCCAACACACAGGGCUCCUACAGCUGCCAGUGCCAUCCUGGUUUCCACGGCGACGGGUUCCAGUGCAGCCCCAUGUCCACAGAGCGGGAGAAGACCCAGUGUGAGCGUCAGAGAGAGAGCGCCCAGGACUCUGCCUCCUCCGCCCCUGGCUUAUUCUCCUUCUUCCGCCCUCGGCCCGCCGUCGGUCAGUACGUCCCGCAGUGUGACGACCACGGCGCCUAUGAGCCCACGCAGUGUCACGUCAGCAUCGGACAGUGCUGGUGUGUGGACGCCAACGGUCAGGAGAUCCCCAACACCCGCACCGGACCCGGCAACACGCCUCUCUGUAUCAACCAAGUUGUGACUCCUCCUCCUGUGGGUCCGACGCCGCGUCCUGACGUUCACCCCGUCGCCCCAGGAACACACCUGCUGUUUGCUCAGAGCGGGAAAAUCGAACAUGUUCCUAUGGACGGAUACAACAUCAAGAAGGAGGAGGCCAAACCUCUGCUGCACAUCCCUGACCGGGUGGUGAUCGCCUUGGCCUACGACUGCGUGGAGAAGAUGGUUUACUGGACCGACAUCACCGGGCCGGCGAUCAGCAAAGCCAGUCUGAGUGGAGGAGACAUUGUCCCAGUCGUGACUAAAGAGCUGCAGAGUCCUGAAGGCAUUGCCAUCGAUCACGUGUCCCGACUCCUCUUCUGGACCGACUCCAUGAAAGACACCGUGGAAGUCUCCAAGCUGGACGGCAGCCAGCGUCGAGUCCUGUUUGACACCGACCUGGUGAACCCUCGGCCCAUCGUUGCCAACCCGGCAUACGGGCGGCUGUACUGGGCAGACUGGAACAGAGACGGGCCUAAAAUUGAGAUGUCCAACAUGGACGGGACAGACCGGACCAUCCUGGUGAAAGAUGACCUGGGACUUCCCAACGGUCUGACCUUUGACCCUGACAACCAGCAGCUGUGUUGGGCCGAUGCAGGAACUCGUAAGUUGGAGUGUAUGGAUCCUCACCGGCGGCUGAGGAGGCAGAUCGUUGAUGGGAUCCAGUAUCCCUUCGCUCUCGUCUCGUUUGGAAGGAACCUCUAUUACACCGACUGGAGGAGGGAGGCGGUGGUCGCUGUGGACCGUCACUCAGAGAAAGAGACAGAAGAGUUUCUGCCACAGAAACGCUCUCGGCUCUACGGCAUCACCACGACGCCCACGCAGUGUCCACAAGCUUAUAAUUACUGCUCCAACAACGGUGGCUGUUCUCACCUGUGUUUGCCGCGGCUCGGCGGGUUCACCUGCCGCUGCCCGGACGCCGCCGAUGGUCAAUGUGUGGAGAGGAACCUGUGAGUCUACAGAGCGACAAUAACACUGCCACCGCUGGGAGAGGAAAAAAAAGACAAAACACACUUAACUGAAUUUCGGUGUUUUCUACUUUUCUUACUUGAAUUGAACGUUUCUACAAUCAUUUUAGAGUUGAGAGUUUUACGUUUUGUUGGCCUUUGAAAACUGUUCAGACCUCACUAUAUUUAUGACGUCACACUUCAGGUGAGAUAAUUAACUUUCUUCCUGUUACUGUUGAAUUCAGAUUUGGUUUCAUUCCAAUAUUAGAAAUAAGUGACUAAAAAAAGAAUACAGGGAUUUUUUGAAAGACAGCAGGUAACUGAAAACCCUUUCACCAGAUAAUAAUUAUUUGAAAAGGUACUGAAUGAUGAACUUCAGGUUGUGUUUUUAAUGUAAAACUCUUAUUGAAUUCUCACAGAUGUGGUCUGAAAGAUAAGUGUGAGAAACAAUCAGAUAUAAUUCUAAUACCGUAUUUUCCGCACUAUAGGGCGCACUGGAUUAUAAGGCGCACUGUCAAUGAAUGGUCUAUUUUCCAACUUUUUUCAUAUAUAAAGCGCACCGGACUAUAAGGCGCAUUAAGUGAAACAAAACAGUCAGAUAAGUCAGUCAGUCAAACUUUAUUAAACACGUUCACAAUAACUCUCAACAUUGUUCAAAUGUUAAUGAGCGUAUUCACAAUAACUCCCAACCUUGUUCAGUUGUAACACGUAAAAAAAACACAGUCUGUUCUACUGCGUGACUGACAGCCUUGAGUCUGAAGUCCGCGUCGUAAGCGUGUCUCUUGACAGGUGCCAUUUUGGGGUCUUUAUACACACACACUGUAAUAUUAUGGUGAAGCACAUGUAUUACUCCGCGACGCUCCUGACUACGGUAGCCAUAACAACCAGAAUUAAUCCAUAUAUAAGGCGCUCCGAAUUAUAAGGCGCACUGUUGUUUUUUGAGAAAAUGAAAGGCUUUUAAGUGCGCCUUAUAGUGCGGAAAAUACAGUAAUGUCGUAAGGUUUCUGAAAAUGAAAUUUUUGUUUCAGAUAAAGACAACUUAAAUUCUUCAAUACGUUGUGCAAAGUUGAACAUGAAGAAUCUCACUGAGAUUUCUUGACUCAACAAGAACUCCAUAUAUGAUUGUUUAGGUCUGAGUUCUUGAAUUUCACCCACCAAACAAGUCAAUGGUUUUGUUUUUAUGAGAAGUCAUCUUGCAAGAAGCUGGACACUAAUCACAUACUGACAACAUCCAAUAAUGUAUACAGUAUCAGCACGUAUAUCAGCAGAGGCUGAACAACCAGAUCUGCUUCUAAAUACUCACAUGGAUAAAUUACAAUCAUACUGAUUGGCUGACAGCGGAUAUCUAUGAGUAACUUGUUUGAGUAGCAAAUUUUCAAGUUAGUCUGACUCAUCAUUAGUGAGUUACACCCAAUCAAAUUCAUCCUUUUGCUGUAGUGUCGCUUAUGGCCUCAAUGUCACCAAAAUAUGGCCGCAACAGCACAAAGUGUUCAAGAGUUUAGACAAGAGUUUACGCCUACAAGGAACUGUCAAUUAGUUACAACAAAACAGUUUGUAACAACAAAUUAAUCAUUUUAGGAAUCGAGGAUGAUGAUCAUGAUUCAAGAGUUAUGAACCAAAAUGUCAAACAUUUCUAACUCUGGCCACAUGGUGGCACUGUUGGUUCAGUCACAUUCAUCAAGUUUUUCUAUGUGCACAUUAGCAAAUACUUUUCUACCUAAAUUAGAAAUAAUCAGGAGCUCCUCGGCGCGGGUGAUGUUUCAACUGAACUGCAGUGAUUUUAACACAUACGUGAUGUCAAAUGUCUCAUGAGCAUCAUGUUUGUUGACACGUCUUCAAAUCUUUUGACGCAGUCUGUGCAGAUGUGGUUGGCUAAGAAUACCUGUUUUACAUGAACGUGCUACCUUUUACUGACAGAAGGUUUGUCUGAUUGAGAAAUCCUUUUUUUAAAUAACCAACUUAAAUUACACAUAAAACCACAUUUUCUUCUUGUUUAAUUGGUGAUGAGGUGAAUAACAGUUAAAUGAAGCUGACUCAAGUUUUUCAUUGGUAAAUAAAACUUUACCAAUCCUAAAUUAUUCUGUAUUUUAGUAUCAUAUAUCAUAAAAUUAGAGUAGUUUUGUUUCUUCCCCAUUACUGACAUGUAUGUUCAGCAUUGUGGAAAUGAACUCUGCAUCACUAUGAGCCAGUGACAGAUCCUGGAACAGCGUCAGAGUUUAAUAAGGGCUAAAAAAACAUUUUAUUACUUACAAGAUUUAUUCUGUUGUCUGUGCUAAAACGCAAUGUAUUUUUUAUAUGAACUUGUAAAUAUUUACCUGAUAUGCAGAUGGUAUUGUUUUUUGGUUUUUUUAAUGGUGCUGAUGUUAGCCUGAGAUCUACCUGAUGAUGAUGAUGAUGAUGAUGAUGAUGAUAAUGAUAAUGAUGAUAACUGUGUAGGUGUGUGCAGGUUGUGUCUAGAGCCCAAGUGGGUGUUUGUUGGGUUGCAGCUUCGGUUUGAACGUCUCAUGUAAACAUCAUUUUACAUUCAAGACUUGAGACAACAAAUGUUUGGUUUUAAAGACACUCUCAUAAUUGUGAAAUACGGAGGUUUAUUACUGUCAAUAUUAAAAUGAAAUCCUUUCAACCAAUUUAAUCAAACUGUUUUGAAGGAAAAUUCUCAAACAUUAGAAAACUGGGCAUAAUUCAAAUUCAAAUGCAAUUUUCUUUUUUUUUUGUGGAAAAGUUUUUUUAAUUUUAACAUUUUUAAUUGCAUAGAUAAUUUGAUUUUGAUUUCAUUUUAAUAUUUCAAGGCUACCACACUGUUCUACCUGCUGCUAAAAACAAAUGUCAAAUUCUUUCAGUUUUUUGAGGUUUUCUUUAUAUAAACAAUAAUGGCAGUUCGAGUCCCGGUACUGGAUUUUGAAACUGAUACAAAUAUUUAAAAGCUUUAUCACUCUGACUUUUAUUUUCACCUCAGACUUAAAAAUAAAGACAUUAUUGCUGAAGAGUCGUCACAGAAACGUUAUCUGAUGCGAAAAUGUUUUCACUUCAGCCUCCAAAUUUAGCAACAGAUGACAUUUCUAUGAGAAAACUUUCUACCAGAAAAUUUUCCAGUGAGCACAAGAAACUUUGGGAAAACUUCUGGGCUCUGUAAUGAUCACUCAUGGGGGCUGCCAUUUUUGUUUUAUCAAACACUUUGUGAAACAGGUAAAAACUGUCUUAUUAGUGUAUUGUGAAACUCAAUUUAUCAUGUGACAUUUUUUAGCUCCUCACAUACUGUAUAAAUACUGAUGAUUACACCACAGACACAUCACUGGGCUCAGUGGGUUGUAGGUGAAGUGAACGGCAGGUUAGUGUCACGUUGGCUUUGGGAAACUCAGCUCAGGUUUUGUUUUUUUAAUUGUUAACUGAAAACCCAUCAGGGAGGAUCAGUCCAGCAGGGCCGCACAACAGCAGCACAUCACUGACUGUGGUAAAUACUGAAGUUAAUUUUUAAUUACUUGAUUAAAUUACUGGGGGAACAGACAUGUGCCUUAUGUAAAAACAACUUUCAUGUUAAUUCACAUUGUCUUGAAUGUGUCCUGCAGUGGCAGUAAGAAGAAAUAAACAUGGUUGGUCAGUGUUGUGCAGCCCUGCUGACUGAUCUUAUGUGCAUCAUGUUCGGUCUGUGACAUGAAGUACUGUCUGUCUGUACUGAGCAUCAGCCAAAGAGGGAACAUUAACAGCCUGUACAGCCUCAA